GACUCCACGUGAGUUACACAUGUGCGCCUCCUGAGUGAGAAACACUGGGUUUUCUGCUGAAGUCUUCAGAUGAAUAAUGUAAAGAUUUAAAAGACAUUAGAGACCAAGAUGAAGUUUGCAUACAAGUUUUCCAACUUACUGGGAGCUGUUUAUCGACACGGGAACCUUUCCUUCUCUAAAGAUGGGAACUCCGUCAUCAGUCCUGUUGGAAACCGCAUCUCUGUUUUUGACCUGAAGAACAAUAAGUCAGAGACUCUCCCAGUGAACACCAACAAGAACAUUACCUGCGUCGGUCUGUCACCCAGUGGGAAUCUGGCCAUACUUGUUGAUGAAGAUGGAGCAGCGAUACUGGUCAGCUUGGUGACCCGAGCUGUGCUUUACCAUCAUCACUUCCACAAACCUGUUAACAGUGUCUCCUUCUCUCCUGAUGGCAGGAAGUUUGUGGUGACUAAAGAAAAUGUGGCUCUGAUGUACAAUGCUCCUGGAAAGAACCGGGAGUUCAACGCUUUUGCUCUGGACAAGAGCUACUAUGGACCUUACGAUGAGACGACCUGCAUCGACUGGACUACUGAUUCCAAGUGCUUUGCGGUGGGCAGUAAAGACAUGACCACGUGGAUAUUUGGAGCAGAACGAUGGGCUAAUCUGAUCUAUUACUCUGUGGGGGGCCAUAAGGACGUCAUUGUGGGCUGCUUCUUCGAGAAGGACAGUCUAGACUUGUACACUGUGAGUCAGGAUGGCGCUCUGUGCGUGUGGGAGAGCGACACGGAGCUGGACGGGUUACGCAAAGGUCCCAAAUACUCAGAACGCAAGAAGAUGGCUGAGGAGAGGAAGAGACAGGAGGAGGAAGAGGCUGAAGAGGAUGAGAUUGAGGAACUGGGAGAAGACGGAGAGCGCAGGGGAGAGGUGAUUAAAGGCAGUGCGGAUGCACCUACAGAAGUAGAGGGGAUCAAAAAUGUCCGUUAUAAGCAGAAAAGCAAACAUUUUUUCAACAAGGAGGGUGACUUCAAUAACCUGACGGCAGCAGCUUUCCACAAGAACACACGCAUCCUGGUGACGGGCUUUGCCUCUGGAGCGUUCCACCUGCAUGAGCUGCCGGAUUUUGACCUCAUUCACUCACUCAGCAUAUCGGAUCAGAGGAUUUCAGCUAUAUCUAUUAACCCCACGGGAGACUGGAUUGGCUUUGGCUGUUCAGGACGUGGACAGCUGCUGGUUUGGGAGUGGCAGAGCGAGUCAUAUGUGUUCAAGCAGCAAGGCCAUUUCAACAACAUGGCCUCUCUGGCUUACUCUCCUGAUGGACAGUACCUGGCUACCGGAGGAGAUGAUGGGAAGGUGAAAGUGUGGAACACCAACAGCGGCCUGUGCUUCGUCACAUUCACAGAGCACACAAGCAGCGUCACUAACGUCACCUUCACCACCAGCGGCUUCGUGGUGAUCAGCGCCUCUCUGGACGGCACUGUGCGAGCCUACGACCUGCACAGGUAUCGUAACUUCCGCACACUGACGUCUCCACGGCCGGCACAGUUCUCCUCACUGGCGGUGGACCUGAGUGGAGAGCUGGUUUGCGCUGGAGCUCAGGACUCAUUCGAGAUCUUCCUGUGGUCAAUGCAGACAGGACGUCUUCUGGAGGUGUUGAGUGGUCAUGAGGGUCCGGUGAGUUGUCUGUGCUUCAGUCCAGUGCAGUCUGUGCUGGCCAGUGUGUCCUGGGACAAAACGGUCAGACUGUGGGACAUGCUGGACAGCUGGCAGACCAAAGAGGUUCUGCGCCUCACCUCUGAUGGUCUGGUGGUGACGUAUCGUCCAGAUGGUCAGGAGCUGGCAGUAGCCACUCUGGAUGGAGAAAUCACGUUCUGGAAUCCUCAGACGGCAGGCCAGACCGGCUCCAUCAUCGGCCGCCACGAUCUUCAGAUGGGUCGCAAAGAGACCGACAAGAUCACCGCCAAGCAGUCAGCAAAGGGCAAGGCCUUCACUUCACUGUGUUAUUCUGCUGAUGGUGAGUCCAUGUUGGCCGGUGGCCAGUCAAAAUUCGUCUGCAUCUACAAUAUCAAGGAGCAGAUCCUCAUGAAGAAGUUUGAAAUCUCCUGUAAUUUGUCCCUGGAUGCUAUGGAGGAGUUCCUGGACAGACGUAAGAUGACGGAGUUUGGGAGCCUGGCACUGGUGGAUGAGGGCGCAGGAGAUGGAGACGGGGUUGAACUCAGUCUUCCUGGUGUCAGGAGAGGUGAUAUGAGUUCCCGCCACUUCAAGCCAGAAAUUCGUGUCGCCUCUCUCCGCUUCUCCCCAACUGGGCGGAGCUGGGCAGCAGCAUCUACAGAAGGUUUGCUCAUCUACUCCCUGGACGCCUCAUUGAUAUUUGACCCAUAUGACCUGGACAUGGACAUUACGCCAGUCAGCAUACGUCGUCAGCUGAAGAAGAAGGAAUGGACAUCAGCCAUUGUUCUAGCUUUCCGUCUGAAUGAAACCUCUCUGAUUAGAGAAGUGCUGGAGGCUGUGCCUUAUGACCAAGUGGCAGUGGUGUCCAGUUCCCUGCCGGACGUGUAUGUGGAGAAGCUGCUAGACUUUGUGGCCUCGACCCUGGAGAAUUCCAGGCACUUGCAGUUCUACCUCACCUGGGCUCAGAACCUCCUCACCUUACAUGGGCAGAAGCUCAAGAACAGGUCAGGAGCAAUACUGCCGACUAUACAGCAGCUGUUGAAGAGCAUCCAGAGACACCAUGAUGACCUGUCCAAACUCUGUGACUGGAACAUAUACACUAUCCGCUACAUCAAGGCCCUGUCCAAGCAGAGGGGGAUGAAGAGGACGGCAACGGAUUCACUCAGCGAGCAAGAGGAGGAGGGGGAGGGAGGAUCAGUGGUCAUGGGCUCAGAGGAUGAAGAGGAAGAUAUGAUGAGUGAAGCACUCAUAGUAAACUGACACUUACAUAAACCUGAACUUACACUGGAGUGGCACUGGGAACCAGUAUCUAGUGGUGCAAGAGGAAAAGAAGAGUCAGACUGGAGAAAGAUUCAGGACAAUGUCUGGGCAAAAUUCAAGAAGGAGUUUGUUGUGGCAGUUUCAUGAACACACACCAUCACUAUCUGCUGUGAGAAGUGAAACAGAACCUGCUAAUUAUCUUUUUUUGAUAACUUUAUUGAUGAAACCAUCACGAAUUUUAUACUGUAUGCUAAGUAAGACAAGUCUUUGUGUGAAAAGUGAUUAAAAAAGAUUUCUUUUCUAAACAACA